AUGAAUCGCAAGAGAACCAUCCGCCGGGCUGUGCCGCUCGACGGCCCCACUGCCCGGCCCCGGUCCGUCCCGGCGCCCCCGAAAGCAUCGGCCAGCUUUGACUCCCCGGCCCUCGACUUUAGGCUUCCCUCCGAGCUUGGUUUUGGCUUCGACUGCUACCGCUCCGCUUCGCCCUCCAAUCUGGACUGUGCGCCACUCCGGCUCAGCCACUGGGAUUCGUCGUACUGCGGGAGGGAGAUGAGCACCGUCAGCACUGACACGCAGUCGUCCUCCUCAGUUGGUUCACUGCUGUCGUCCGUUUCUACAGAUACGGGUGACACUCUGACCAUACGGAAUGGAACUGUUCCGUCGAGGGGCCCGAGCCCGCUGCAGACCAGUUGCCUUGGCGACUCGGCGCACCCUUUCGUCUGCCUCGGGCCGCGAUGCCAGGAGGCGUUUGCCUCGGAUGAAGAGCUCAGGUGCCACGUCAAGUCGACCCAUACGCACUCGUGUAAUUGGGUUGGCUGUACCCAUCCCAGCUUCUCAACCAGGGACGGCCUCAUCUACCACGUCAAAGUUGAGCAUCUCGUCGUCUGUCCUAUCCCAGGCUGUGUAGAGUCUUCAUUCCAGAGCAGCCGUCUCUUGCAGUCACAUAUAAUGCUCGCUCAUCCAAAAGAUGGCGAUGAUGAUGUAAAAGAGUGGCAGCUCCCUGCCAAGGUUGAGCCUAUCGAGAACUCCAUAGCCAGUCCGGUAGAGGUGGCCCGGCUCGGCAAGAGAAAGGAGAGGGAUGGUGAUCUUGACAACAUCGUCGCAACAAAACAGAUGUGUCAGGAUAAACUACGCAAUGUAGUCGAAAAACGUGCCAAGAAGAAUGCUGGUACACCUCGGAGUGCAGACAGUCCAACUGACCUCGUCCGAGGCCGAGCAUCAAGACUCAUCGAGACAACAAGCUUCCCCCUCGUCUUCGAACAUGCCAUCCUCCCCUUCCUCUCCAAGUAUCUCCCAGCUUGGGUCGGUCCCCGCCACGUCGUCACUGUCACCAGGGGCAAGACACCCCAGAUGAAGCGUAUCUGCAUCAUGAGCCCCAAGGCAAUCUCUUUUGCCCGCAAGAUCAUCAUUGCCAGCCACGUCCAGGACCUCAUACCCGCGAGUUUCCUCAACCUUGUCUCCUUUGUGUUUGCAAAAGGCGAAGUCAGCCGCACUGUGACUUGGGCUAGGGGUUUGGGCAAGGACCACAAGGACGAUAUCUGCACGGCUAGAAACCCUUACUUCUUCCGGGAUCCUUGCAUGGGUGACAGCAUCGGUGUCAAGGGGAACGAUGCCUUUGAAGAUAGCACGGCCACGCUGGGUCCUUGCCUCACCGUUGGGGGCGGCAGCUACUGGCUGGGCAACUUUCACCCCUUCAUGGAGGCGUACCAUAACCUCUCCCAAGUCCAGGUCGAGCACCCAUCCUUUCAAGAUCGCAAGCGAUGUAUAUCAGAGGGUCACGAUGCUCUGACACAGGCAGCCAGCUUCAGCCUCGGAAACCUCGAGGUCACGUCUGGGCUCAAUCUCAAGACGACGCGCAUCUCUCACGAUCCUUACUGGGAAGAGUGUGAAAUGGAUAAGCCCCUGAUCGUGACUGACUGGGCUCUCAUCGCCUCCCGCUCCUCGCACGCCAACAUGCUCCGUCGUUUCCCCUCCGACACUCUGCCCCAGGUCCGAGAAGCCAUCGUCACCACCACGGCACCCAUCAUGCCUGGUGCCGAUGUCCUCUCUAGCGGUCGAACCUCUGGAUAUCAACGCGGUCAGAUAGGAGAGAUUCCAGCUUACGUCUCAGGGGAAGAAAACGGCACCCACAAGGCCACUAGGGAGUGGUUCAUCGAGGAGCCGUACCCUCAAGACAACGAAGACGACUGGAUCCGUGGAGGCAUCGGCGUCAACGGUGAUAGCGGCGCGGCCAUUGUCGACGCGAGCACUCAUAGCCUCGUAGGCCAAGUCUGGGGACGAAACCACUAUUGGGGUCCUGGCCAGCGAGUUACGUACUUUACUCCCAUCGCCGAUAUCUUUGAUGAUAUCCAGGAAAAGUGUGGCCAACAGACACGUCCCCAGCUCCCUCAACACCGUGACGAAGCCGACUGUAUCCCCCCUUAUCCCUCGUGUCGUCAGUGCUAUGACCUACGAACCUACCUCGAUAGUCGUAGGAGUUCACGUAUGUCACUGCAGAGUAUGAUCAUGGGCACUGGGGACGCCGACCAGGACCUCACCUCUAUUGAGGCUGCCUCUGAGCUAGCUACUCCCAGAGACUACAACCGUUAUCCAGGCGUCGAGGAGGCCGGUUCCUCCUUCAACACCAUCGUCUCGCCCGCACCGGGGCCAGGGUCAGGAACCCCCAUGAUAGCAGACGCGAGGAGUCCAUAUGCCCUCACGCUAGACCCAGAAGACUUGUACGGUCCUUCGUUUGCCGCUCUAAAUCAGCCGCAAAAGAGGAGAGCGUCAGGUCACACCAGCUGCCCGAGCUUCAACAAGCCAAAGAGACAAAGGGCUGGUGAGUAG